AAACAGCUUCAAUACCGCUUCAAUUCCUCCUUCUUCAUCUAUACAAACAUUAAAAGAACACUUCACAUCAUAUAUUAAAAAUGGCCGUUGAAAGAAUCAGCUCAAUUGUUAAGCAUUUGUCUCCUGGUGCAUCAGGAUUGUCUGCAAUGUAAGUAAACAUUCCAGCCCCUUCAUCACCAAAUACAUACUUACAGAUGUGUCAACAGUACCUCUAAAAAUGCCGAUGAUAUUGUUAUCACACUUGCAGUUCGCACACCAUUAACAAAGGCUUACAAGGGAGGAUUUAAGGACACACAGCUCGAUUACCUUGUGUACUCUCUUCUCCAGAAAGUCCGGGAGAAGUCCAACCUCGAUCCAGCUCUCGUGGAAGACGUGUGCUGUGGAAAUGUAAGCAAGGAUUCCUCUCGUGCAAGGCAAAAGCUAACCGAUGGUAUUCAAUAGGUAAGCGAUGGCCAUGCCGCCUACAAAGUCCGUGCCGCUGUCUUAGCAGCAGGAUACCCCAACACCGUCGCCGCCUCCGUUGUUAACCGAUUCUGCUCCUCCGGUCUCAAAGCUACCCAAGAUAUCGCCAAUCAAAUUGCCGAGGGCAGCAUUGACAUUGGUAUUGCUUUGGGUGCAGAAAUGAUGUCCGUUGGAGGGGACAAACUCGAAGGUAGUUUCUCCCCUGAGGUACUUCAGUGCCAAGAAGCUGCGGACUGUAUGCAACCCAUGGGACAAACAUCAGAGAAUGUAGGAAAGGACUUCAAUGUUUCUCGUGAACAACAAGAUAGAUAUGCAGCGGAAAGUUUCAACCGUGCGGAGCUUGCUCAGAAAGCCGGAUGGUUCGAUGAUGAGAUUGUCCCAAUUGUUACAGAAGUUAAGGAUCCAAAGACUGGAGAAGUCAAGAAGGUUACUUUGGCUAGAGAUGAAGGUCCAAGAUAUGGAACUACUUUUGAAAGUUUGAACAAGAUCAGACCAGCUUUCCCGCAAUUUGGUGAUAAAUCAACUGGUGGAAACUCUAGUCAGGUCACUGAUGGUGGUACGUAACAUAGUCCGCAAUCCCUUGACAAGCAUAUAUACUUAUGUUAUCCUAUAGCCGCCGCCGUUCUCCUCAUGAAGCGUUCCCGCGCCAUCGAACUUGGUCAGCCAAUCCUCGCCAAGUUCGUCGGAGCCACCGUAGCAGGUCUCGCUCCACGAAUCAUGGGUAUCGGCCCAUCCAUUGCCAUCCCAAAACUCCUCAGCAAAUAUAACAUCACAAUUGACGAUUGCGACGUCAUCGAAGUCAACGAAGCAUUUGCUUCCAUGGCUGUAUACUGCAAAGAUGUCCUCAAGAUCCCUCACGAGAAAAUGAACAUUAGAGGUGGUGCUAUCGCACUUGGUCAUCCAUUAGGUGCAACUGGUGCUAGACAGAUUGUCACUGGAUUGAGUGAGUGUAGGAGACAAAAGAAGAAGAUUUUGUUGACUAGUAUGUGUAUUGGUACUGGACAGGGAAUGGCAGGUUUGUUUGUUAAUGAACAAUUGUAAAUUAUGAAGAGAUGGGAUGUUGAUAUUAAUGGCUAAGCUUUGAUGCAUUUGUAUGUAUGUAAUGUCAUGUUGACAGGGAUAAAAUUGAAUAUAUUUUAGA